AGAGAAUCUGUCAUUCACUCUCAAUAAAGCCAAGCACAGAGAGAUACCUGGAGUCUAACUGAUGAAGUCUUUUUCUGCGUGUGCCUCUCCGCUACAGAGCUGACCAAGGCAUAUGGUAACUGGGAUUUACUUUGGCUGCAGUGACAGAAGACUCUAACUCAUCUUAACGGCAUACACAGAAAAACACACAAUAUUUACACAGAUUUUUGAGCUACUCACCUCUUCUUACACUUUUUAAAGAGUAGUGCGAGCUCACACACAGGGGUCCUGCUGUUUUGCCUGGUGGACAGCCAGUAGUUUGCUGAGCCAGCGAUGUCGUGGGACUGUGGUCUGAGGUACAUGUUCUCCAUGUCCCCUGGGCUGCAGCAGGGGAGCAUGUGCAUCCUGCAUGACAAAGAGGACUUGUCCAGACUGGAGAUGGUCCAGAGACUGGCCAAGGAUGGGUGCCGCUUCCUACAGAACCACAGCAAGGGCCCAGAAAGGACAAGCGAGCCCCAGAGUGACGAGGCAGUCCGUGUGUGUUUAAGGGAGAGGGGCCACGAUGUGCUGGUUCUCCAGAGAAUGUCGUCAGAGCAGCCAGCCCCCUCUGCAUUGGCGAGGGGAGGAGGGAGAGAGGAGGCAAGGAACAGGAGGUACACAGUGGUAUCGGGAACCCCGGAGAAGAUCCUGGAGCACUUGCUGAAUGACCUGGCUCUGGACGACGACCAGGGGACAACACAGGUCAAAGAGUCAGAUACACUUCUGGAUGACUUUCUGCUGACAUACCCAGUGUUUAUGUCCACCAGUGAUUUAUGUCAAGCUCUGCUGGGACACUAUUGCACCAAAAGAUACAGAGGGAAAGAGGACAGGAAGGAGACUCUGGAGAGGAAACGAAAAGUCCUGCACCUGGUCUCACAGUGGAUGGCUCUCUGCAAAGAUUUCCUGAGGGAAGACGAGCAUGUCAAACUGUUCAUGAAGACUUUGUACCAUUACGUGUUGGAUGAUCUUUAUGAGCACCCAGCCCUGGAGAAGGAUGUGCGGGAACUGCAGAAACUGUACCAGCUGCAUCGCAGACAUACGGUGGACGACUAUUCCCCUCAAAGAAAGAGCAAAGUACUUUUCCACCAAUUGAGCCUGAAAGAGAACGGGCUCCAGUCCAGAGGAACACAGAGGGAGACUAAGGAAGUGCUGUGUCAUGUGUAUAUUACCAUGGACUCGUACCUAAGUAUGAGGGCCCAUGUCGGGGUAGUGGCCCAGGAGCUGCUGCAGGCAGCAGCAGAAAGGAUGGACAUCCCACAGGGGGAACUGGUCCUAGUGGCUGUCACUUACCCUGGAGGUAGGCUCCUCCUGCAGCCUCAGGACAGAGUCUUCUCCGAUUCUUUACGCCCAGUGGGGAGGCUGCAUGUCUGCAGAAAGGACCUGGGAGGAGUCCUGAACCCAUUCACAGACAACUCUGAGCUGCAACAGAGGACGGCUCGCAUGCUCAGUUUGAACACAUGGGACGUGGCUGUUGCUCUCACCAGCUUUGACUGGACCAUCUUUGACUCAAUACAUGAGCAAGAGCUCGUCUAUUUCACCUUCAGCCGCCACAGUAGCAGUGGCCACACUGUGGCGUUAGAGCUGCUGCUGCAGCGCUGCAAUGAAGUUCAGCUGUGGGUGAUGACUGAAGUCCUACUGUGCCCAACGCUCUGCAAAAGGGUCCAACUCAUCAAGAAGUUCAUCAAGAUUGCUGCCCACUGUAAAGCUCAGAGGAACCUCAACUGUUUCUUUGCAAUUAUAAUGGGACUGAACACUGCAGCCGUUGGCCGCCUCAGUCAAACAUGGGAGAAAAUUCGUGGGAAAUUCAAAAAGCUGUUUUCAGAGCUGGAGACAGUUACAGAUCCGUCACUGAACCACAAGGCCUACAGGGACUCCUUCAAGAAGAUGAAGGCGCCAAAGAUCCCCUUUCUUCCUCUGCUACUGAAAGAUAUUACGUUCAUUCAUGAGGGCAACAAGACGUUUCAUGACAACCUGGUCAAUUUUGAAAAGCUGCACAUGAUAGCAGACACAGUGCGGCUCAUCCGGCAGUGUCAGAAAGAUCACAUGGGAAAUGGAAUCACUCAGAAGAGCAGCUCGGAAGUGCGAGCCUACAUCGAUUACCUUCAUAUCAUCGACAAUCAGCAGACUCUGUUUGAUCUGUCGCACAGACUGGAGCCCCGUGCUUAGAGAACGGCUCUUACUGCACUUCCCACUGUGUCAGCCAGGCCGUCGGAUUGCCAAGGAACAAUCUAUAUCCGAAGUCAUCUAUCUCUCAGGACUCAGUUGGCAAUCAGGGGAACGCUGCACGACCCUGGCCGACCACAGGAGGGAGCCACUCAAUCAGAAAAACUCUCACCAGACACAGGAAUAAGCAGCAGAGGACACAUCUUAUGUUAAAUGCAUAAAUAUUUGCAUAGAUUCGCAACCAUCACUGAUUCAGAACACCUUAAAGCAGGGCCAGCCGACAUAUUCCAACAGCUAGUGCCAGCAGUCAACUUGUGCUGCCUGUUGGCAAGAAAAACAAACACCAGCAGCAGAUUAGAGCUGAAGAUGAUGAUCAGCAUGACUCGAUCUGCAAGCCCAAACCUGCUGCUGCUGCUAUUGCUUCACUUCCCUACAGAUGGCAGAGUUUGGCAGGUGUAGAGCUGCUCUCAAAGUUGCCCGACAGCUCCCCCCUGUGGAGAAUCAGCAGAAUGAGUUUGUUUGCAGGUGAAGCGCCUCCCAUCGAAGAAAAAGCUACAGAACACAAGUGUGCAGAAAACAGUGUUCACUGUCAACCUUGAGAACAGUGUGUUUGACAAUAAAAGGGUCCACUCACUAGCCUUUUCCAGAGCUUUUAACCACAUGAAUCAUGUCACAUAAAGUGAUUUAGAUCAUGAGACACAGAUUAACUCAUGGUAAUCUUUUUGUAUUUCCACAGUGUUUAUAGCUCUGGCAGCAGAGGGGUUUUCCCAUCAGAUUUAACCAAAGAGUAUUUCAGUCCAAUACUGCGCACACAACUGUUUCCUCAGAGUCCGCCACGAUCCAGAUGUUCUCUUUGCCAGAUGUAGUACAUACAGUCACUCAUAAAUCAGUACAGUGUAUGCACAGCAAGCUGAUGUCUUGCUAAACUGAAUCAAGAUGACAGAAAUAGUGAAAAUGAUUGUUAAAUAUUAGACAUUUUCAUUUAUUAUUUGUAUUAUCUAUUUUUUACAUGCUGAUUUCUGUACUGUAACAUUUUCUAUUGUUUCACCAUUAAGUGCAGUGUAUUAGAUGAGACUUCAGAUGGUAUUAGAGCAGAACAAUAGAAAAAAAUACACAGGAUACUGUAUUUCUUUGGUGUGUGCGAGUUAUAAUAAUGUAUGUUAGUGCCAAAUACCAUAAAAAUGCCCACUGAAACUAAUGCUAAUUGCUCAUCUCUUUUUAAAAGUACUGGACUAAAGAUGUCCAUAUAGAUGAGCUGCGGACAAUCAGUUAAAUUAAGCAUCAGACUCAUACUGAUACAUCUAUGUAUUGGUCUUUAAAGUUCAGGUUGAAACACAAUACAGUGCGUUAUUCCUUGUGCUGGAGGAUCAGCCAUCCAGAUAGUUUAGCUUUGAUUUAAUAAAGGUUGGACAUAUUGGCUUCAGCUUCAUGGUACUCAGAGUACCAGAAAAUGAGCAUUUCAAAAACAAUUACAUGGUGACUCACAACAACACAACAACGAACUUUAGCUGAUCUCCUUUAUCCUUAGUAAACAUAUGGAUAGAUAUUGUAGAGAAAAAAAUAAGUUUUUAUCGUGUUUUUGGGUGAACUGUCCCUGUAAGAAAAGAGCAAUAGCAAAAUCAAGUACUACAGCACCUUCUGGAAAAAGAGGAAGAAAAAUAGAAGCCAUUUGCUUAUGUACAGGGUGUAGUAACACUACUGUAUACAACUGUUUAGUGUGUAGUCAUAGAAGAUAGAAUAUUUAUUCUCUAAAUUGGUCUACUGAAAAUUCUCACCUUUACCUGAAGGUUAGGUCAUUUUAAGUAGUGUUGUAGAUAAAAUUUUGCAUUAUAUUUUGAAAUUUUAUUUAUAUAUUUUGGAUUUUAAAGGCCACAGAGAACAUGGAGAGAACAUGCUUUAUCUUAUUUUGAAUUUCAUUUGUAUCAACAAUGUAUAGUGGAUUUUGUUUAUACUGUAUAUAUAUAUAUGUUAAAAUUCUGGAUAAGAUAUUUAUUUAUUUCAGAAUUAUUUAUUUGUUCUAUAGAUCAGUUCAAUUUCAUGUUUGUUUUUGUACACAGAUUUGGCUGGUCUGCAUGAUAUGGCAAACCAUGGAUUGACCACCAGUGUCAACUGUGCAUGAAAUAAAAUAUUUUUCAUCAUCA